GGGAGACUCUGAAACGGAGACUCAGUCUGAGAUUAAAGAGCUAGCCUCAUUGAUGGAAACGCUGCUCAUCCUGCAGUGAUUUAGAGGAGGAGCUGCUGCAGUAAAGUCGUUUAAUUGUGCUUCAGUCAACACAUCAGGACGUUCCACAAAGAGGAAAGUUAAGCUGCUGAAACAGGUGAUUAUAUAAGAAUAUGGCAUCCAGAAGACGUUCUGGGACUCAGCAAACGUCAUCCAGUACCCUCCACAUGAACGCAUCUCACAGACAAAUGCAGAAACACAGCAAGGAGAGAAAUCACUACUGCUUGGAAUGUGGAAAGAGUUUUGCUGCACAGAGUGCGCUCAAAAUACACCAGCGCAUCCACACAGGAGAGAAACUGUAUCACUGCUCAGAGUGUGAGAAGAGUUUUACUACACACAGUGCUCUCCAACGACACCGGCUCAUUCACACAGGAGAGAAGCCGUAUCACUGCUCAGAGUGUGAAAAGAGUUUUACUGUACAGUGGCAUCUCCAAGACCACCAGCGCACUCACACAGGAGAGAAGCCAUUUCACUGCUCAGAGUGUGGACAAAGUUUUGCUCAAAAGAGUGGUCUCCAAAUCCACCAGCGCAUUCACACAGGAGAGAAACCGUAUCACUGCUCAGAGUGUGGGAAGAGUUUUACUGCACAGAGUGCUCUCCAACGACACCGGCGCUUUCACACAGGAGAGAAGCCGUAUCACUGCUCAGUGUGUGGACAGAGUUUUACUCAAAAGAGUAAUCUCCAUACCCACCAGCGCAUUCACACAGGAGAGAAACCAUAUCACUGCUCAGAGUGUGGGAAGAGGUUUACUGAACAGGGUACUCUCCAAAAGCACCAGCGCAUUCACACAGGAGUAAAACCAUAUUAUUGCUUAGAGUGUGGGAAGAGGUUUACUGCAUCAUAUGCUCUCAAAAAACAUCAGCACAUUCAUACAGGAGAGAAACCGUAUCACUGCUCAGAGUGUGGGAAGAGCUUUACUCAAAAGAGUCAACUCCAACAGCACCAGCAUGUUCACACAGGAGUGAAGCCAUAUCAGUGCUCAGUGUGUGGGAAGACUUUUACUAUACAGAGUACUCUCAACAGACACCAGCGCAUUCACACAGGAGAGAAGCCUUAUCACUGCUCAGAUUGUGGGAAGAGUUUUAAUGAGAAUAGGAAUCUCCAAGAACACCAGCGCAUCCACACAGGAGAGAAACCGUAUCACUGCUCAGAGUGUGGACAGAGUUUCAGGCAUUUAAAGACUGUACAGAAACACAAGUGCCCUAAGAGCUGUGGUGGAAAUUAGCAGUAAUGAGUGUAACCUUAACACAUUCUGGGUGUAAAAGUCUACAGGAAACUGUGAUUCUAGACCAGAUUUCAGUCUGUUUUUUGGGGAAAACCACCUCUUGUGUUUUACACUGUUCCUAAAACAUAAGUAUAAAAUGGAAUGUAAUUUCCUGUACUGACCCACCAAGUCAAACCCAAAGCUCAUACAUCCAAUGAGAAGGUGUGAUACUGCAUGUUCUCCCCAAAAUGUCCACACUGCUCAUGCUGUUGAUACCGAUCAAGUGGCUCCACAUUCAAUAAUAAGAGGCUCUUUGCUUUCGAAUUUAGCAGAUCUAAACUAGUAGUGUUUCUGAUGCAAUGGUGGAUGUUUUGACAAACACUUGCCAGAGUGCUUGGCUCUUUAUCAUUCUCGCUCUUUUCUCUUAAUAAGAGAAGACAUAGGGGGUUGGAAAGUACCAUGAUUUCUACGGCCCCGUUUCCAAAAAUGUUGGAACGCUGUGCAAAAUGUAAAUAAAAACAAAAUUCAAUGAUGUGCAAAUCAUUCACACCAUAUACUUAAUUGAAAAUAGUACAAAGACAACCUAUCAAAUGUUGAAAGUGCAAAAUUUCAUUGUUUUUUGAAAAUAUAUAUGCCCAUUUUGAAUUUGAUGCCAACAACACAUUCUAGAAAAGCUGUGCUGAGGGCAGCACAAGGCUGGUAUGGUUGUGUAAUGCUACAAAAACCUGUAGUGUUUAAUUGGCAACAAGUCAGGAACAUGAAUGGGUAUAAAAAGAGCAUCCCAGAGAGACUGAGUCUUUCAGAAGUAAAGAUAAAUAGAUAGACAGAUAGAUUCGGCUUUGUCAUUGCUCAGUACAAGGGAACAAAUAGACAGAUAGAUAUCUAUGAAAUAUAUAACUACAUAACGUAUUUAUGAAAUUUUAGGUUAUGUCCAGGGUUAUGUCCUAGUUCUGUAGAUGCUGGUCCUGCACUAUUAAGCAAUUUAUAGACCAGUAAUAGCAUAUUUAAGUCUAUUCUGUAACAGACUGGAAGCCAAUGUAAGGAUUUAAGAAUGGGGGUGAUGUGUUCCCUUCUUUACUCCUAGUGAGACUCUGGCAGUCUUUUUUGGGGGUCCAGUUAGGAGACCAUUACAGAAAUCAAUCCUGCUAGAUCUCUCAUCUUGAUUGAUAUUCUUAAGAUGUGUGGAUUUUAUUUUAGUAAUCAAUUAUUUUAAUAAUCACUUUGGUCAGCUGUGCAUGCAUGUAACCCAUUUAAACGGAUUCUAGUGUAGUGUGUUGUCUUACUUAUAUAACCAUUACUUAUGACUUAUGAAUGCUUACAAGAGGUUAAUACGGAUGUAGUUUAUAUUGCUUCUAGCCGUAGAGGUAGCUUAGGAUACUCUAAACAUUAGGUGGACUCUCACUGUGCACCAGCUAGAUAGGGGGUCAACUCCUUGCAGCUUCCCAGGUUCUGUUAUCAGUCCUGAGGCCUGGCUGAACUGACAAGGGCCUACUGUGAAUUAUUGUGUUGUGGCCUUGAGGCUGCAGAGAGGAGAGUCAGUGGAACAGGCCAGGUGGGUAAGGUUUUUGACCAUAUUAGAGCUCCUUUGCUGUUUAUUCAUUAUGCAUGUAUGUUAACACUGUCAUAUUUAUGCGUCUUGCAAUUAUUUGUAACCAAUAGAUUGUAUCUUCUUUGUUCUCUGUUUUUCGUAUGAAACAACACCCCAUUUGGGGAAUAUAUAACCUUUGUAACUCUGGUCUGUCUUCGGAGAUCCCUGGGUUUUUCCAGGAGUUUCUCCCCGGCCGUGAGAUUUAAUAAAAAUAUUACUUU